AUGGUAGGGGUGGAGCCCAUCUCCGGCAGCUGGAGGGACGAUCCCGGACAUCCUGGAAGCAGUGAUUUUGGGGGUUUCAGCAUGCUGCUGCUGCUGCUGCCGCGCGCGCUGUGGAUCUGCCUGCAAGUUUUCUCCUGGAGUUCAGCGCAGGUACGGAGCAUGGAUCCUGAGGUGGGGCUAACAGCACAAGAACAGGUUCUCCUGCUCUACGAUAUCAAACUCCAGUGCCUCCAGAACAUCUCAGAACAUAACCCGGCAGAUGAAGUAUGUGCUCCUGGGUGGGAUGGGCUCAUCUGCUGGCCCCAGGGAUCAUUAGGGACCAUCACCAAAGUGCCAUGCCCCAGCUACAUCUAUGACUUCAAUCACAACGGUUACGCGUACCGUAAAUGUGAUGUUAACGGGUCCUGGGUAUCAGUGGAGAACAGAACGUGGGUAAAUUACUCCGAGUGUCUUUGGUUUCUGACUCCAGGCAAGGAGAGAGGCAAAAGGGACUUUUUUGAGAGGCUGCACAUCAUGUACACAGUUGGCUACGCCGUGUCUUUCAGCUCCUUGCUGGUUGCCAUCUUUAUCAUCGGCUACUUCAGGCGUCUUCACUGCACCAGGAACUACAUCCACAUGCACCUGUUUGUUUCCUUCAUGCUGCGAGCCAUCAGCAUCUUUGUGAAGGACCGGGUGGUGUAUGCUAAUGGCGGAGUGCAGCAGUAUGACGCCAUGCUCAUGGACGACAUCAACACCGUCUCCAUCGGACCUCUAGACAAGACUCAGUAUGUUGGGUGCAAGAUCACAGUUCUGCUCUUCAUCUACUUCCUGGCAACCAACUACUACUGGAUCUUGGUAGAAGGACUAUAUCUGCACAGCCUCAUCUUCAUGGCCUUUUUCUCAGACUCCAAGUACCUCUGGGGAUUCACACUUAUAGGAUGGGGUGUUCCUGCCCUCUUUGUGUCGGCUUGGGCUGUUGUCAGGGCAACGCUGGCAGAUGCGCGGUGCUGGGAGCUGAGUGCUGGCAAUAUUAAGUGGAUUUACCAGGUUCCUAUACUGACUGCGAUUGGACUCAACUUCAUUUUGUUUGUUAACAUCGUCCGAGUUCUGGCAACAAAGAUCCGCGAGACUAACGCAGGAAGAUACGACACACGGAAGCAGUACAGGAAGCUGGCCAAGUCCACACUGGUGUUGGUUCUGGUGUUUGGAGUGCACUACAUUGUGUUUGUGGGAAUGCCACACACCUUCACUGGCCUGGGCUGGGAAAUGCGCAUGUAUUGUGAGCUCUUCUUCAACUCGUUUCAGGGCUUUUUCGUGUCCAUCAUCUACUGCUUCUGCAAUGGUGAGGUUCAGACCGAGAUGCGGAAGAUGUGGCUGCGUUGGACACUAGCGUUCGACUGGAAGGGUCCGGUCGUUCUGGCCAACUACCGCUACGGUUCAGUACUAACCAGCCUGAACAGCAGCGGCAGCGUCCACUCCCAGCUUCCUGCAGCUGCCCGUAGCACCGUCCUGCUGUCCAGCCGCGUGUACCGCUCAUCCAGCAGGACCAGCAGCACCCGCGCCUCCCUCUCACACGGCACACACUCGCACACGUGCGCCCACGUGACCCUGCCCGGCUACGUCUUCAGCAACUCCGACGUGGAGAGCCUGCCGCCGUCCAUCCCUGAGGAGAACGAGGAGGAAGCCAAGCGUGUAGAUGACAUCACUCUGAGAGAGAACGGCAACGACCUCACGCUGAGGAAGAGCACAGAGGACACCUUCACAGACAGUGCCAAGCUGGAGGAUGACGACGAGGACGACAUCAUUCUGGGAGGCGACGCCAAACACAUGAACGCUGCAGCAUUCAGAGAGAACAGGACACUGGCGGGGGAUGACAUCUUCAGAGAGAGUGCGAGUGAUGUCAGACUGAAGGAUUCUGCUUUGAGGUACAGCAGUUUGGAUCAGGAGGAGGAAGAGGAGGAGCUGUAGGACAAAUCCCAGGAUCCUCAUCGACUGAUCAGGUGCCUUUUCACAGCUGUGCGUGGAGUUGGCUAGAAUUGACAAAUCACAAAAGAGAACAACAACAAAAAGAAUCCAUAUAUAUACCAUAUACCAUAUAUACAUCUGAGGUCAUCAGUUACGAUCCUUUCCGACAGCACUAUUUUUUGGACUGAAUUGACUGAAAUCAGAUAUUUUGCCUUAAUGUGACAGAUUGAAUUCUUUAUGUGGCAGGGAGCUGGGUUGAUGUACCUGAUUCACAUAGACUAAGCUUAACUAAGCUUAAAGUAAGGAUGUAGUCUGGUUCCAAACUGACUCUGAAACAGUUAAUUUGUGGUGAGAACGUGAUCCGAAUGUAAUCCGACCAGACUGUCUAACAAACCCUUUUUAUUUGAGCUAAAAUGCUGUUCAGGUGUAGUUUAACCUGAUUUAUUACCCAGAUAAUCACUGUAGCCAUGAACAAACAGUCUCUGCAACUGCUCCAUUCUAAGUGGACAUUAACCCAUUGAAAACACUAUGUUUGAAAGCACAGCCACAAAUUUUCUGUGUUUAGUGUUAAAGCAGCUUUAAAGUCCAGCGAACUAAGGUGCUACCACUAUGAUCGGGAGAUCGCUGGUUCGAAUCUCUUGCCUUCAGCUGUCUGAGACCUGAGAGAGCACAAUUGGUCUUGCUGUCUUUGGGUAGGUAGAAGGCAUUUUUUCCCCUCAUCACUCCGCCCUGAUUUCCUCUAAGUGCACUGGGUACUCAGCAAUUCUACAUCAGCAGCCAUUUGAAAAGAGGCUGUGGCUGACUGCACAUGUAUCGGAGGAGGCAUGUGCUAGUCUUAACUCUCCUUUUGUUGUGGAAUCGCAAGUGAUUGCUACUGAGCAGCUGAGUGGGUGGGAUAAUCAGCAUAGCUGAAUUGGGGAGAAAAGCAGGAUAAAAAUGUGAAAAAUUAGGCACCUUUUCACUGCACAGAUACAUGUUCUGGUCUGGAAUACAGAACUUUCUUGCUAUAUUUACUUUGUUGCUGACCAAUCAGAGAAGACAUUGCAAUCGCAUGGUUUGUUGGGCCGCAUUUUGGUAUGUUAAAAUUUUUGCAUGUGUGAAAACAAACCGAUGGGAACCGAUGGGAAAAAGCUCCAAGUAAACAAACUCAUUAACUGAUUCAGACCAGAGAAACAAAGUACAGGUGUGCAAAUGCCUCCAGUGUCUAAACAGACAACAACUGUGAACAUCCAUGAUGGCAAAACAGUUUUUCAGAUUUUUUUUAGACUGCUAGAAUCUACAGGGGUUGAAACACCUGUGAAACUAAAACACCUGUCAUUUUAGUGUGGGAGGUUUCAUGGCUAAAUUGGAGCAGCCUGGUGGCCAACCUUCAUUAAUUGCACAUUGCACCAGUAAGAGCAGAGUGUGAAGGUUCAAUUAGCAGAGUAAGAGCACAGUUUUGCUCAAAAUAUUGCAAUGCACACAAUAUUAUGGGUAAAAUAGUUCAAAAGAGGACAAAUUGUUGGUGCAUGUCUUUCUGGCGCAUCUGUGACCAAGACAGCAAGUCUUUGUGAUGUAUGAAGAGUCACGGUAUCCAGGGUAAUGUCACCACCAAGAAGGACGAACCACAUCCAACAGGAUUAACUGUGGACGCAAGAGGAAGCUGUCUGAAAGGGAUGUUCAGGUGCUAACCCGGAUUGUAUCCAAAAAACAUAGAACUAUGGCUGAUUAAAUCACGGCAGAAUUCAAUGUGCACCUCAACUCUCCUGUUUCCACCAGAACUGUCUAUCGGAACAAUUAAUUAUUGUGGUCUAAAACCAGGUGUUUCAGUUUCAUUGUCCAACCCCUGUAGAAAUGUGAUGGAAACACAAGCCCAAAUGCCCUGAUAUUAAUGACAAUCAUGAGUGAAUGCAAAUUUUCGAUCACAACUGUUCAUGUUUUAUGUAAGGAAAGAUUAUAUAGAUUUUUUUUGUAGAAUUUUUUGUUUGUUAGUCGUUGUCACACUUGACUGUGCAGCAUCUUCUGUAUAUAAAUAGAAAAACUGUUGUAAUGACCCCUCUGCUUCAGCACAUGAGCCCAGAGUCUGUCCUUGACGUGGAGUGGUGUCAAAAUGCACUAAAAAUGCACUAAUUCACAAUUUUAAAUCUACACAACGAAAAUAUAAGUUAAGGAAUGUGGUGUAAUAUAUUAGUAUAUUGCACUGCUAAAGUUUGCACAAUCCUUGCAGAUGUACGAUAUGAGAUAUAAAUAUGUAAAUAAUGUAUAUACACUACACUUUCAAAUGAUUGAUCUGUUUAUAAUCGUUUACAAUUAUUUGGUGUAUCAGUGGGUGGCAUUGAAUAUGUGAAUCAGUCUCAAAUGUACAGAAUGUAAUUCACUGUAAACACUAUUUUUGUACUGAUGGAUGUCUUGAAUGUGUCCCGUAUGUUUUGUUGUAAAUAUCACAUUUGUGUUACAUGUUUCGCGGUAGCCACCUUAAAUGUUCAGUCAGU